CUGUGUAGAAUUGCAAGGAAAUGYCUUUUAAAAUGUCCAAAAAACUUCUGUCUACUGUUUCGCGCUUGCUCCUACCAGUAUGCAAGUCUCCCCGUCCGGCGCCCGCAGUCAGUGUAAACUGCAUACAGAUGAGUGCGCUCUUGUGGCAGAAGGGGAAUUUUCUGAUAUUCAGAGCUUAUGAAAWUAGCUAGUUUGAUGUGCAAUUCAUUUMACUUCAAAUGAAAAGCAAAAUGAAAAGAGACUCAAAAUAAAAUGUAAAAAGUAAUUCAUAAAAUCCAGAGCUGACAGAGCACUUUUCUGUAGGAGGGCAAAAGGGUCGGUGCUGGAGGACUGGUUGAGCCCUAUCUGUGCAUGUGCCUGAUAUUAUAGGUGGUAGCUAACCUCACUCUUUUCUGUAGUGUGUUCCUCAUGCUCUGUGCAGGUAUUUUAAGCGUGCAUCCACCGGGGGUCAAAUGAUAGGAUGACAUCUGUCACCUCACUCUGCAGUGAGACACACACUCAAUCAUAUAAUCGCGCACGUGCACACACACACACACAGGAUGCUUGGACACUGUGAACUUCCCUUCCUCAGCUAUCAUCCAGUCAGCUUCAUACUUCAUCCGGAGCUGUGUAAGGACCCUCGUCUCUUUGUGGAUGGCAUCAGCACGCGGGAUCUGCACCAAGGCAGUCUGGGUAACUGCUGGAUGGUGGCGGCCACUUCCUGUCUGGCCUCAGAACCUUCACUUUGGAAGAAGGUGAUUCCUGACCACGCGGAGCAGGAGUGGAACCCCAAGCGUCCYGACCUGUACGCCGGAAUCUUCCACUUCCGCUUCUGGCGGCUGGGGCGCUGGACAGACGUGGUGGUGGACGACCGCCUGCCAGUCAGUGAGGACGGAACGCUGCUCUUCUGCCGCUCAGCCACGCCACGGGAGUUCUGGAGCGCCCURCUGGAGAAGGCCUACGCCAAGUUGAACGGCUGCUAUGAGGCGUUGGAAGGCGGUAACACGGCAGAGGCCCUGACCGACUUCACAGGGGGUGUGUCAGAGCCCCUAAGCCUGGACAGGGAGGCCCUCACCCUGCACCUCAAUCAGAGGAGGGCACUGUUCCAGACCCUGGCCAAGGCUCAUGGACGCAGAGCCCUCAUCACCUGCUCUAUACGGCCAGCGGAGGGGGAGACAGUAGAGUCAGUACUAGACUGUGGUCUGGUGCGGGGCCAUGCCUACGGUAUCACCGCGGUGAGGAAAGUGCGCCUGGGGGAGUGGUCGCUGCUAGGUGGCUGUGGUGGUCGCCUCUGCAUGGUGCGCAUGAGGAACCCAUGGGGUACAGCCGACUGGACCGGGCCCUGGAGUCAGGGGUCUCARCAUUGGCAGCAGGUUGGUCGUGGUGAAAGGGAGAAGAUGGGCCUCAUAGUCAGAGAUGUGGGGGAGUUCUGGAUGGAGUUUGAGGACUUCUGCCGCUACUUCACGGACGUGGUGGUGUGUCGUCUGGUAGAACGAUCCCUGCUGUGGCCCAAAACUCACUGGAGAGAAGUACGCUGCCCUGGGGAGUGGGCUCCAGCCCCCAACACCCCCGGCACCCUCCUCUCCAGGCGCCAGGCACCCAACCUGGGGAAGAAUGCUGCCAAGCCUGGGGGGUUGAACCAGACUCAGAGAGGGGACCGGAAAGAGGCAAGACUGGGGGAGAGACAGAGGGGUGGAGGGGGAGGUCGAGCUGUUCGUGGUGGAGGGAGGGAAAAAAUGGUUGUUGCGAAAGAAGGGGAGAAGAAGACGAAGAGGAAGGAGGAGGGGGUGAAGAAGGAGGGAGAGGUGGAUGGAGGAUGGGAUGAACAGACUGAUAAGAAGAGUAGGUGUGGAGGAUGCAUCAACCACAAAGACACUUUUCUACACAACCCCCAGUUCAUGUUUGAGGUGCAGGGAAAGGAGGAUGAGGUGUUGAUCUGUCUGCAGCAGGAGGACAGGAGGAUAAAGAGGAAGGAUGGAGGAGGAGAGAAUCUGCCCAUCGGCUUCGAGGUGCUGAGGGUGGAGGUGAACCGGCUAAGCCGUGUGCAGUGUGUGGUGGAGCAGGCAGCGAGCUCUGUGUACAUGGACUCCCGUAGCGUGGCCCUGCGAGUGUCCCUGGGCCCCGGCCGCUACGCCCUCCUGCCCACCACCUUCCAGCCCGGGGCCACCGGACGCUUCCUGAUACGCCUCUUCUCACAUUCCCACCUCAGACUCAGUGAGUUGAGAGAGGAGUUGCCUGCUCCCUCACUGUGGCAGUGUUGUCUUCCCCAGCCCAGUAUAGUAACCACCGUCCACCUACGUCGAGCAUCUGGACUCAGCCAGCCUAAACAGACAGCACCAGAUGUGUAUGCGGUGGUCUGGUGUGAGGACGACACCAUAAGAACACGUGUGUUCAAGGAGGAUGGAAACCCAGAGUUCAACAUCAGGGCCAUUUUCUACAGGAGAAACCCAGACGCACAUAUUAGCAUUGAGUUGUGGCGCUAUGGUCUACUGUGGGACACACUACUGGGCGGGGCUCAGCUCCAGACUAGCGACAGUGAGAAGGGGCGGAGCCGAGUGAUUGACCUGCAGGGUGGCCAAUCACGGUCAGGAUCCAGGGGCUGUAUCUAUGUGGAAACCUCAUCCAGCGAAUGCCUAACAGACUUAUAACUGACAGCUGUGGCUUGUACCACCCAUGAUACAACCAUGCAAUCACUGAUUUUCUGGAAGAGGCCGCAGAUUUGGACGAAAAUGUAUCGGGUUCAGUAGCUUUAUCCAUUGGAACUACCAUAAAUAACAAAGACAAAUACCUCUUUGAAUUAACUUAAUAAUGCAUAUACACUGAACAAAAAUAUAAUUGCAAMAUGUUUCAUGAGCUGAAAUAAAAGAUUCUAGAAAUGUU